CAUUCUUUGCACAUACUCUCUUAGUUAUUCGUGAUCUUUCAUUCAUCGUUAAAUUAUCCAUUAAUUAUUGUUUUUCAUGAUUUAUUAACGUCUACUGAUAAUUUAUAUUAGUCUCAUACAGUUAUUCAAUAAAUAAAUUUAAUAUUGUCUUAUGGCACCUGCUGAAGAUUACGAACGAGACAGUGGGAUGGAAUCUCAAGAAGGAUCACAAUCCCAAGAACCUGAAAGUAGUAGUCAAAAUGGUUCAGUAGAAAAAAAACGUCCUGAAAUUGAAGAUAGCGAAGAUGACGAGCCAGAUGAAACGUUAUCUGAAAGGUUGUGGGGCUUAACAGAAAUGUUUCCUGAACCCAUUAGAAACUUCACAUGGUCGGCUAUGGUUAAUACUAAAGAUGGUAUCAAAUUUGCUUACAGCUUUUCGAGAAGUGCGACAUGGGUAAUUUUCAGCACAUCAAUUAUACUAUUUGCACCAGUUAUAUUUGAAGUCGAAAGAGCACAAAUGGAAGAAAUGCAGAAAAAUCAGCAAAAACAGUUAUUGCUAGGACCUAAUUCAGCUAUAUCGGGAGGAGUACCUCCUCCCAUUAUGCCUCCUAUGCCCUCUCAACAGAAGAGUUGAGACUCUUAGAUUCUUAAAAUAUAUUCACUUAAAAUUGACUGUACAUUAUGUUUAAAUAAAACCAAUCUGUUUCUAAUUAAUGCAUUUGACAGGUUGUAAUAGUCAAUAGAAUAUUUAUGGUAGAAAGGCAUGUUUUUUAUAGUUUACAAAAUUAUUUGUGAUACACAGAUAACUGGUAUUAUAUGCAACAGUAAUCAUUUGAAGGUUUUGUGAAAUAAAUAAAUAUGUUUGAAAAAA